AUGCAAACAGUAUUUGCAAUAAUCAGAACAAAACUAAGAAAGGAUGCAUUAGAAGUAUUUGAUACAGAAAUAGCAACUAUAAACUGUUAUUUUAGAUCCAACCUAGAUAAUGCAAAUGAUUUAAAAGAUGCAGAAAACUAUCCGAUAAAAGUAAUAAAUUAUUUACAGGCAGCAGGAGCAUGGCAUGCCUCUGCAACAGCAGAAGGAACAAGGAUAAACCCAAAUGUUACAGACGCAACAGCACAAAAAGGAUUUAGAGACGUAUUUGACGAAAACUUCACAAGAGACUCAGUACAAUUAUUAAACCAAAAAGAAUUUCUCAAAUUCAACUUUUACAAAAAUCUAGACUGGAGUGACGACUCAGGAUUAAGAAAACAAAUUAAUCAGUAUAAAAAACUCAAACAAUUGUCAAAUUGGCAAUGGACUCCCAACUUCUUUGGAGGAAACUACAUAUAUUUAGUAGAAAGAAUGCCUAAAAAUAUAGCUCAACAAAUUACAUUAACAACCCCAAUACCAAAUAAUAAAGAAGAUUUCUUUAGAAGAGCUAAUUCUCUAUUUAGAGCAACAAGAGUAACAAUAGAUAUAGUGGAAAAAUCUAAAAAUGAAAAAACGAAUCACUAUUCUCAAAGAACCCAAAAAAUAAAUAACGACACUUUGCAAAAGAAUGCCCAAGAUGAAAAGGAAGAGAAGUAUACAAUAGAGUACAAUCAACUUACAAAAACUACAAUGAAAAACAAAGGAAAACCUUUAGCAAAAGGACCGACACCUAUGGUUCAUAAAUAUAACAACUUCAAGAACAAUAAAGGAAGAGGAAGACCUCGAUACAAUAAUAACAAUAGAAACAAUGGUGGAAGAAGACCACAAAACAGUAUAAGAAAAUCUUUUACAAGAAGAAGAAAACCUAGAUUGCACCUUGAACCUUAUAAUAAAAAAGGAGAGAUCUCAUGGUCAGCACACCAACUUGAUACCACAAAUCAGCCAAAAAUAUAUUUAAUAGAGAGCAAAUCAUGUGCAGCUAGUUACCUUGCUCGAAAAACUAGUGCCCCAGGCAAAAGCAAAAAAAACCUGCCAUUGGCGCCCAACGUGGAUAGUAAAAAUCUAUCCCCGAAUAUCGUGGUAAAGAAUAAACUUAUCACUUAUACCCUAAACAAAACAAACCGAACCCCUAACAACCAAUUACACAUCAAUAACAAUAUGAUAUUGGGAAAAGCCGUUGAGCCUAAUACCUCAAAGAAGAAGAAAGCAAAACCGCCCUUAGAAAGAAAACCUAAACAAGAGUUUUCAAAAGAAAAUAUAAAACAAAAUGAAGAAGUGGAGGAAACCUUGAAUAAGGUAUUACCUUCAAAGAAAGGAAAAAAGAAGGAAGAAGAACUUCCUAAAGAUCAACUACGAAAAAUGGGUCAAAUUAUUAAACAAAAGUUAAAUAGAUUGGAUAAAGCUAUAGUUGAUGGAGAAAUAGCUAAAGACACAAAAAUUGAACAAACAAUUCAAGAUCUCAAUUGGAGAUUAGAGCAAAUAAAUAAAACUUACAGUUAUACUCAGGGCUUAACUGAGAAAGAAAUAGAAGAAUAUCUUGAAUCAAUACAAAAAGUAACAAAAAUUAAAGAUACUAACAAACCUGCAGAAACACGAAGAGAAUACUUAUAUGAAGUAUUGUCAACAUUAAACGAAACAAAUGAUGCAACAAUAUGGAAACAUCGAGAAGAUAUAAAAGAACUUCAAAAAGAAUAUAAUAGAGAUAUUCACGGGAUAUUAGGUAUAAUCGCUGAAGAAUUCAAUGAUAUGGGACUCAUUGAACAACAAGCAGCAGUAAUUGCAUUAAUAACAGCACAAGCACACUGUAAAGAUGGACCUACAAAACAGGCAUUAUAUGAAAAACACAAAGAAUUCUUAGAAUCUCAAUUAGAAAAAGUAGGAGAUAUACAUGAUGAUACAGUAAUUCAAAGAAGAAUUUAUGGAGAUGUCAUCAAGGCAAGGAAAAGGGAAAAACUACAAAUAUUACUACCCGAUCCACACGGGAGAAAUACCUACAAACCAUAUGAACAAUAUGAUAUACCUAGAGAUAAAGAAUUUGUUAAAGAAAAUGAACGAAUUAGAAUAAGAAUACCACAUUCACCCACAGACGAUGUAUUCUUAAAUAAAAGACUAUCACAAACUUCUAGAAGGAAUGAAGACAUUCCUCAAGGAGUAUUAACAAAAGUAACAAAGUUCUUCGAAGACGUAGGACAAGGAAUUAAAAAUAAAUUCACAACACCUUUACCAUUGACACCUACACCUACUAUUGAAAAUAAUGACAGUACACCUGAUCGAAAAAGAAAUAAGAGAGGUUAUACACCAUCACCAGAUCCUUAUGAAAGAAAACAACAAAGAUAUAAAAGCCCAAGACAAUCCUCAACUUAUAGGCCAGUACAAGAAGAAACUGAAAAAGAACGAAUAAAAAUAUUACAAGAAAAAUGUGGAAAUAAAGUAUGGAAAAUACUUGGAGAUGUAUUAACAGAAUACAUAGAUGAAUUUAGAGAAAAACAGGAAAUGAGAACUUUCGUAAAUAAUAACGUAAUUCCUGAUAUUCAAUUUAUAUUGAAUAAAAAAGAACACGAAAUUUCUGAUAAUGAUAAAAAUCAAGGAAUAAGAAAAUAUACUGUAGAAGAAGAAAAAAUUAUUAAAGAAUUAUGCGAAGAUUUAGAAAAAAAUAAUUUUGAAAAAGAUAAUAUAUGGGUCAAUGAAAUAUUAGAAAUAUAUUAUUAUUGGUUAUUAAAGAUACCAAGCACAUCUAUUGCGAUAACCAUGGAAAAAGAUCCAA